AUGGCCAACUACGGCAAGAACGCAGUUAUCAUCGGCGGCACCCACGGUAUAGGGCUCGCAACCGCCCAACUCCUCGCCGGAACUGGUGCCCAAGUCCUCCUCACCGGCCGUAGCCAGCCUCCCAUCGAUUCCGCCAAAGACCAGCUUGGUGACAAGGCCCACGUUGUGCAAUGUGACAUCACCUCUUUAUCCAAUAUCGAGAAGCUUGUUGAAGAGUCCAAGUUCGUGUUCGCCGACCAAAUCGACUUCCUCUUCAUCAACGCCGGGUACGCAUGCCUUGAGCCCGUGGCGGCAGUCACCGAAGAGUCCUUUCACCGAACAAUAAACACCAACGUCUUUGGCGCAUUCUUCGUUGCUCAGAAAUUCAUCCCUCUUAUCCGUGACGGCGGCGCAAUCGUUUUCACUAGCUCAGUAUCUACCAAGCACGGCUUCCCCGGUUUGGCGGCAUACUCCGCGUCGAAGGCCGCUGUCUCUUCGCUCGUGCAGACGCUGGCUGCCGAGCUGGUGGACCGCCAGAUUAGGGUCAAUGCAGUGUGCCCUGGAUUCAUCAAGACGCCGACCAUGGGUGUGUCUGGCGUGACGCCAGCAGACCUGGUUGCAUUUGGAGAAGAGGGUGAGAAGCUCACUCCACUUGCUAGGAAUGGGACUCCCGAAGAGGUGGCCAAAGCUGCUGUCUUUCUUGCAUUUGAUGCGACAUUUACCACGGGCACUGACCUUGCAGUUGAUGGGGGUUUGAUUUAUAUGCAUAAACAUUAG